AUGGGUGGAAAUGCAUUAAAAAAUGUUGUAACUCGACGUUAUAGCCGAGCUGAAUAUGUUAUAUUAAAAGAACGUAUAUUAAAUAAACUUCAAGGACGUAUUGAUCAAUAUGAUGUUCCAAAAGAAUUUCCAUGUAAAGAAUCUUUUGGUGAUCUUGAUGUACUUAUGGUAUGUCCAUCAUCAAUAAAUAUUCAAAAUUUAAUUGAAGAAUUAUUUCAUCCAACAGAAAUGUGCCAUAAUGGUGAUGUUUGUUCAUUUGAUUUUGAACAAUUUCAAAUUGAUUUUAUUCUUGUAUCAAAAGAACAAUUUGAAAAUGCUAUUGUUUAUUUAUCUUAUUCAGAUUUAGGAGGUUUAAUUGGAAAUAUUUGCCAUAAAAUAGGUUUAAAAUAUGGUUUACAAGGUCUUUGGAUGAAUGUACAUACAAAAGAAUUUGAUCCAACAACAACAUCAACUAGAUUAAUGUUAUCAACAAAUAUUAAAGAUAUAUUUAAUUUUCUUGGUUAUAAUUAUGAUCAAUAUAUUAAAGGUUUUGAAAAUGAAAAUGAAUUUUUUCAAUGGAUUAUAGAAGGGAAAUAUUUUCGUAGUUUAUAUUUUGAUGAUAAUCAAUUAAAUCAUGCUCAUCGACAACGUACAUCAAAACGUCCAAUUUAUAUAAAAUUUCGAGAAUAUUUAAAUAAACAAAAUCUAAAUGAAACUUUUGAAGAUCAAAAUGAAUUAAUUCGUUAUGUUCGUGAACAAGCAUUAAUCUAUUUUAAUAAACAAGAAGAUUAUGAACGAGGAUUAAAUCAACGUGAAGAAAAACGAUUAUUUAGAGAGAAAUAUAGUGGAAGAUUAUUUUCUGAUAUUGAUGAUAAACAACAUAUGAUUCCUGUACAUAUGAAAAAUUUCGAAAGACGUUUUGCUCAAACAGAUGAAGAAUUUCAUAAAUGGAUUAUGGAUAAUGAUCAUCAAACAAUCAAAACAGAAAUAGAUAAAUAUAAAAAUGAAUUAAAACAAAAUCAAUC